AUGACAGCUGCUCAAACAUCAUUUGUCCCGAAACCAUCGGCUCGUCAAUCUUCUCCAGACCGGUACACCCUUGAUAAAUCUCUCAGAGAAUCGAUUGAAAGAUAUUACAAUCGAGUUCUACAAUGGCACAAGUGGCGCACGGCACCUCUCAGAACCUUUCUCGAAACUUUUGAAGCCAUGAUCGACGAAGAAGAAUUCGCACUUCAAUGGCUUGAAACUCAGGACGUCACAAAGACUGUGCGAAUUGAGGAGAUCCACCGAGUGUAUUCUUAUAGAAUAACUCAUCGAUCUCUCGGGAAGGACAAAGCUCCCUUGGUAGUUCCUCUUCAUAAACCUCCCAUGGAUCCAGCAACUGAAGCCGAAUUGAAACAACUUCGCUACAUCAUGCUGCUAUCCAAAAUUAAAGCCCUAAUGGCAGAAGAUCAUCCUCGAGAUCCCAAAGGCAGUGCUAGUGGAACGAAAGAUGUUCAUGGCAACGAAAUCGAAGAAGAGGAUGAAGAAGAAAGUGAAGACGAGAACAAUGAAGAAGAAAAUAAAGACGAGAACAAUGAUGAUGAAACCGAAGACGACAACAACGAAGACUCGGAUGAAGCAUCCAGUAAAAAUCCAGUUCACUCGUCUCGUGCUAUCAUUCCGCAACUGAACGAAUCUGUACAACAACAACAUAAUCUUCCAGCUCAUGAGGACAGAAAGGAAGCCUCACCUGAACAUGGCCACUCGAUGCAUGGUGAAAAUCCGGAAGCACCACAUCAUGAUGAACACAGGAACUCUUCUCCAACACACAUUGAGGACGAUUCUAUCGCUGAGUCCCCACGGACCAUUAUGAACCUCAUGCGAGAAACUGUUCAUUCAGCUGAACUGAUUCACAAGCAAUAUCUCGCCCUAAGGGAGAAGGACCCGAGAGUAUUGAAUGACCUGUGUCAAAAAGUCAAUCUACUCCUUGAUGUACAAUCUCAACCACAGCAAUCGAAUCCUUCUCACGACAAAACUCUUAAGCAAUUGGUGAAAAGAGUUUCUGAUCUUGAAGAAAGUUCAAACAAAGUCGCUAGGCAGCAACACGAGAUUAAGCAUUCUCAUUACGGCCUCAAGGAACGUGUUGACCUAGCUUGUACCAAGAUUGAUACUUAUCAAGACAAUUCCUAUCAACUUGGUGAAUAUGCUCUUCAAAUUCUGGGAUAUGCUCAAGACAUCUUGCUUGCAAUCAGACAAAUCCCCUCUGUACCUCCUACUGCCUGCACUGAUGAUGCCAAAAAGGGGGAAAAUAGGGAUGAUGACAGAGAUAAGGAUGAUGACAACCAACCAAGAAGGGAUAACACGAAAGAAAGAUCUUCAGAAAAGCGAGUCUCUCCUCACAAAGUCUCGGGUCACUCUCAUCCACCUCCUAAGUCUCGUGGACAGUCCCAUGAUCAAAGACGCUAUGGUCGCACUCAAGACAGACCUCACAAGGCUCGACAAUCUUUCGGCUCUGAAGCCAAAUAUCUCUUCACAGGACUGUCAAGAAGAGAUCAAGUAAGACUAAGACAAAGGCUCAUGAAAAAUACCUCAGUCACCAUGGAUGGCAUUGGAAACUUCGUGGACUAUGUCCCAUACGAAGAAGGAAGCGCUUUCAAAGUGCAUAAAGAGUCAGGCAAAAGCUAUCAAGAAGGGAUGAAUUCGUUUGAACUGAUCUCCUGGUGGAAGUCUGGAGUAGUGGAAGGCAACAACAUUCGAGAAGCCUACAACAACUACACGAGUCUAAACAUCAAAGGAGGGUAUGAAGAGCUCGUCAGAAACAAUCCAAUCAGGACUUUCAAAGCAAGUAUCAACAAGAAGAUAGACUACGAGAGAACACAAAGAAGACAGGAAGAGAAGGACAAUCAAGAAAGAAAGAAGGAAGCUCAGCAAAGGCUAAAUCUUUUAGAAAUACUCACCACACAAUCUAUCGGGUCCAACAAUGAGCUUGGACGAGAAAUUGAAGAAGACGAAAGUGCUGAGAAUGAAGAAGAAGAUGAAGAUGAUAAUGAUGAUGUUGUUGACGAUGCCGAUGACGAGCAUGAUGAUAACGAUGAUGAUGAUGAUGACAAUGAUGAUCAGUUGGGCAAUGCAACUAUUCAGGAAACCGAUCCCGAAGACAGUGAUCCAAUUUUGAUCGGUCCUGAUUAUGAUACUUUUCCACAAAGAUCUCCCUUAAAGGAAACUACCUUCUGA